AUGAACUGUAUAAACUGUGUUUUUCAUGUAGCCGGAUUAUUUGCAGCAUUUGCAUAUGAGGACAUAUCCUACCAAAAAGUCGCCACCCAGUCACAUACCUCUACAUCGGUGAAUUCAGACGCUAGGAACGCAGUUGAUGGAAACAUAAAGACGUGUAUGAAGACAGAAGAUAUAGGAUUAACCUCUAAACACAGAACCGUGUGGUGGAAAGUAGAUCUCGGGGAAGUAAACAACAUCUACAGCAUACACAUUCAAUUCAAAAACUACGACGGUGACCUUGUUCGCCAAAGAGGACGAUUUGCAGGAUUCUCGCUAUAUGUAUCAGAUACUGAUGUAUCAUCCAUUAGUGAGAUAAAGAGUUCUACUCUUUGUUACAAGGACGGACCACAGUUGCCGCCCCUUAACUUUACAACAAUAUGUACAGAAAAGGGUCGGUACGUCAUAUAUUACAACGAAAGAUUGGACAGAGUUAUCUACCCGGCCAUAUAUCAAAAACAGAAUGUCUACAGUGAGCUAUGUAAAGUCAUAGUACAAGGUUGUAAAAAUGCCAGUGUCUACGGCAGUAACUGUGACACUCCAUGUCCCACCAACUGUAAAGACAGCACGUGUCACAUACAGAGCGGAACGUGUUUCACGUGUAAACCUGGGUGGACUGGGACGUAUUGUAAUACACAGUGUGGCAAGGGGUGGUUCGGCUUGAAUUGUAGUCAACACUGUGUUGGACAUUGUAAAUAUAACAUGAGUUGUAAUCAUGCGACUGGUCAGUGUGAUGAAGGGUGUGCUGCAGGAUGGACAGGGACUACGUGUGACAAAGGUAGAUUUUGUCAUUUCACUUAA